GAACUCUCCUCUUCUCUCGCGAUCCUUUUCUCGCGCGGAGCUAGGGCACCGCGCCUCCUUCUCCUUUCUUCUCCUCACCACCGGCCGGCGGCUACUCUUCUCUUCCUUUGCCGCCGGCCGGCCGGCCGGUCCUCCACACCCAACCUCCUCUUCUCCAAUCUGCUCCAAGCGGCGACGGCAGCAACCUCGGCGACUUCUUUGAGCGGACAGCGGCUUUGGGUCUAGGGUUCUCUUGACGGCGGAGUGUUCUCCUCCGGCAAGGUAGUCCUUCUUCAUCCCUGUCUCAGCGGAUCUUCCUGUGGACGGCGUUCCGAAAGCAGAAGAUUCCAAUAGGGACAGCCGGCCGAUCCUUCUUCUUCUCCGGCGAAUUUCUUCUUCCAUCACUGAUUAGUGUUGUGGCUUCCUGUGGACGGCGUUCCGAAGGCAGGAGUUCCAGCAAUUCAGUGUAUCAAAUUCCGGCAGAAGCUGAGUUGUCCGUGUUGUUCUACUUCUUCUCCGGCGAGCUUCCCAUCUGAAUCCCAAGGCUGAUGCUGCUGUGGACUUCCCGCGGACGGUGUUCCGAAGGUGGGCAGAACUCUAGCAUCUCAGUGUGUCCAAUUCCGGGAGAAGCAAACUCUAGCAUCUCAGUUGUGUAUCAAUUUACAUCCGAUCAUAGAACAGUCGUUGAGUUUGCUGUUCACCAGUGAUGGCGUUCCAGAUUUGGGCCUCUGUGUGACGACGGAGGUAGUCAAUUGGUGUAUGAUCACGGAGGAAUGGGUGUGGUUGAUUAACUUAGUUUGUUUCCGUAUUUGACUUGUUUAGUUUUUGUUUUUAUGCAUUUUGGAUAUUGUAGUUAAUGUUUUAAUUAAUGUUGCUUAGUUGUUAGUUUAUCUUCAUGUUAAUUGUUUAAAGUUAAUGUAGUUUACUUUCUUAUUUCAUUAGGUUGUAAUGUUUUUUAUUGCUUCUUAGAUUGAUAGAUUGCACUUUAUUUAGUUUCAUAUUCUGUUUAGUUACAUUUAUGUAUGAUUGUUAAUCUUGUAUCAUAGGGUGAUAAUGUGGUACAAGUUUAGCUUUUAUGCAUAAUUAGGUUUUGUUUAUUGUUGUUAAGUUUGUUUAGUUAAUUGUCUUUGUUUGAUUGUUGCUUUCUUUAUGCAUGUUUGAGUUCUUUGGUAUAUUUCAUGUUAUUCCCAUUGAUAGAUAUUCUUGUAUCGUAGCAUGACAAUGCGAUGUAGGAAAAUCUUCAAUGGUUAGUUAGGAUAGACAUAGCUUUAUUACUUGCAUUGUCUUCCAUUAUUUAGAUUAGAUUUCAUUUGAUGCUUCGCUAUUUCGAUUCUUAGUUUAGUUGUGUUGAUAGUUAAUCCAUAACGUAGAGUGACAAUGCGUUGUGGAUUAAUUAUUCACACAUAGUUAGAUUUCAUUCCAGCACUAGAUUAGUUUUCUAUACUUGUUCUGCUUUUAAUUUGUUAAAUUUAGAAUCAAAAACCCAAAACCCCAAUUCCAUAUUAAAAACCCCAAAAAUUGAAAUAACAUACGAUCCUAAGUUUACCAUCCUAUCGUUGCUUUUGUUGGCGGACGAUCCGAGUUAUUCCUAUGCUACAUUAGCGUAUGAGGGGUUUGGUACUUCAUUGUUUGAUGCCCAAUUCGCGACAAAAUUGGGCCCUAAAUCAAAUUUUGGCGCCGUUGCCAGGGAUGAAAUAUGCAAUGUUUGGUAAUUUUAGGAUUGUUUUUAUUUUGGAAAACCUAGAAAUUUCGUUGGUUUGAUUGUUUGUAUGUUUAUAUAUCCAUGUGUUGAUUUUAUUUGUUCCUGAGUCUUCUAAUUUUAUUUGCUAAUUGUCAGUGUAAGAACAGGAAAUUCUUUCUACCAUGGAUCCAUAUCAGUAUUUUGGAGAUUGGAGGAAGAGACAGUACUACCUACCUAUGGAGCAGCGGAAUAGGUAUGAGGAAGUACAAGAAAAAUUUACAGAGUCAGUUUGGAAAUGCAAUGAAGUCAUGCAACAAAUAAGAGAGCAUCAAGAACAAUAAUUUUCAAGGAUACAGAAUAUUCAAAGUCAGUUACAUCAAUCAGUUGCAAGCACAAAAUUCCAGUGGAGAGAUGGAAAGUAGUGAUUCUGUCAGUGUUGAGAAUGAUGCAGGUAUUGUUGCUGAAGAUGAAGAUAUAAGUGUAGGGGAUUGCUUACUGGAAGCAAUACCCCAAGGAUCACCUGAAUUUGAAGAUGAAAGUGUAGGGACUUGUGCUAUGGAGUCAAGCACCCAAGGAUCACUACAUGAAGAUGUACAUACACCAGAAACAGAGCUUGAACAUUUAUUUGAUGAGGAAGAGGUAACAAUCACCACUCCAGGUACCUUUCAACACGAUAAGGAGAACAUAAGCUUCCGAAGUGGGUGCUUACAUUGAACCGACUUAGACCUCCAGAAAGAAUUUUCAAGGGAAAAAGGAUUAAUAAGAAGAAUUUGAGUAGAACCAUGAUUACUCUACUUCCGGGGUGACUUCUUUUGUUAGAUCUUCUUCAACCACCGGGAAUGAAAGGGGAGUUGACUCUAAUUUAGCUUUCUUUUGCAUUUUAAUUCAUGCUUUGUUAAUAAAUUUGUUAUACGUUUAUUUGGUUUCAUACUUUGCAUUUGCACUUUGUUUUUACAUUUUGCAUUGUAUUUUCACAUUUGCUUUCAUACUUUGCAUUUUGUUUAGUACAUAGCGUGUCUUUUUGGAAUAAAAAUCUCUGUGGGAAUUUUCUAAGUAAUAUUUCUAAGAUGGUAAAAGUUUCUUAAAUUGGACCAUCAAUUUUAGGUCAUGUGACAUGAGUGGAUGUUUUACUUACAUGAUAUUGGUUAAAAUGGUGGUG